UCCACUUGCGUUCUGCUGGGGCUCAGAAGAAACAGGCUUUGACAUCGACAUGGCCCAGGAGGCUGAUUUCUGUAUGAACCUGGACCCCGCCCGUCCGAUGCCGGCUGGGAGCCUCGGCCCUCCCAGCUCCAGCUCCAGGCCGGGGCCGGGUCCCCGACGCCAGCAGGCCCCACCCCCUCGACCCCCUGCGGCCCGGCCCUCCCCUCGCGUUCCUGUCCCCCUCCCGCCAGGCACCGCAGCCACUUCCGCCCGUCCUCCGGAAGUAGGAACCGGGCAACCGCUGGCUCCUCGCAUCCCGUCCAAUCGCCUGGCCCUUGCCCGCCCAUCAGCACCGCCGCCAUGGGAGCACAGGAGGUGGGUCUGCACCCGGGAGCCAGUCUACAGUGCUCGCGAGGUGGAGGACGAGGCGUUGCAGAAGCCCCCUGUGAGGACGUCGCCGGGGACUCUGGGCGGGAGCCGUACAUCGGGGGGCGGGGCGGAGGCUGAGGCCUAGAGCCGGAGCGUGCGUCACGGUGAGCGGCGCGGGAGGCAGUGCGCAUGCGCCGCCGGUCUUCGGCCGGUCGCCCGAGUUGACGUUCCGACUGCCCGAGGGGGAGGAACUUGGGCGGGAAGUGGAGGCGGAACCUGCGCAGGCUGCCCUACCUCUAUCCCACCGCCCGAAGGUCGCCUAGCAACGGCCUGGUUGAAGUGGCUUCUGAGGCCAGGGGCCUGUUGAGGUCUUUUAGGCACUCUUUAUGCCAAGAGCCAGGAAUCGGCAAGGCCUGUCAUAGCAGGCCUGUUACUGAGCUCAGUUUCCUGAGUAGCAACGCCAGGAAAAGUUUUUAUUUCAUUCCUCGCAAUGUUCCACUGCAUCGCUGAAUGAGGUAGGACCUUCCUAAAAAGGAUGGAGAGCGCCCGGUCACUGUUGAUUGAACACGCGCUGUGCCGAGCUCUUUAUAACUAGUAACUGAAGAGCCACAGGUCAGAACCCCAGGGGUGAGCUCCUAGAGCGACGGAAGUGUGACGGAAGUUGCAGAGAUGUUAGAACCUACUCAAAUCUUACAGUUGGCGGAACAGACCAAAUCUGUGACACUCGGUCACAUGGUCUUGCUCUAGCAAGUGCCACCUGUUUUAAAAGAACCCGUACUUGAGGCCGGAGAUAGGGCUCAGCGGUUAAGAAUGCGUGCUACUCUUACAGAGGUCCUGAAUUCAGUUUUCAGCACCCACAUGGUGCCUUAAAAUCAUCUGUGACUCCAUUUUCAGGGGAUCGCGUACCCUCUUCUGGCCUUUGGGCCGCCAGGCAUACAUACAGUGCACUUCUGUGCAUUCAGACAAAACAUUCACACACAUAAAAUAAAAGUCGUUUUAAAUAAACUAUUCUUUGAAGCACCAUACUUAAAAGUUCCAAAUUGCACUGUUUAUUUUCCUGGAUGCAAAAUACCCUUUAAAUCUAAGGAUUCUGUUUUUUAUGUUAUUCCAGUUCUGCCAGCAAACAACUAUGAUACUUGGAAAAGUUGCCAGAACUUUCUGUACCUUAGUUUUCUCAUACCUACAAUAAGAAUAAUGAAAGUCCUUCACUUUAUUCAAUUAGUGUGAGCAUUUAAUGAAUUAAUGCAUAAGUGCUUCAAACAUCCCAGUCUGUGUACUAAAGGUUCAAAAUGUGUUACCAUUCUUAUGAUUUAUUCACAAACAUUUCCAUGCAGUAAUUUUGGUUUUUUAAAUUAUUUUUUUGAUACAGGGUCUCUCUGUGUAGUCCUGACUGUUCUGGAACUCACUGUAA